UCCUACUUCCUCAAGCUGCAGCACUACAAAGUUUCAUAUGUUGACAGCUGCACUGAUAAAAUCUUAGGAUUCUUCCCAAAGAACCUUAGGGACAAGACAAUCUAAGAGGAUUUUACUACUGUGGUCUCCCAACCCUGAAAGAACCAGGAAAUGGAGGAAGAAAAACAAGGAGGACAAAAGCCCAUUUCUCUUGCUACCCUGGAGAAUGGUGUGGAGAAUCUGGGAAUGGAGUUUCUGGAAGGCCAGGAUAUUGAUGGACCUGUGUGGGAUGAAGAACGGGGGCCUGGUUUGGAUGCUGGGGCCACACCCACCCCAUUCUGGAGGAGAAGAUUGCAGUCCACUUCUUUGAAAGCGAGAACAUUUUGCAGAGGCCAUGCUGAAUUGUUUCGAUGGAUCCUCUGGGGCAUGAUGUGCACAGCUUAUUCUGCUUUUGUGCUGACAGCCUGUCUCCUGGAUUUCCAAAGGGCUCUGCCUUUGUUCAUCAUCACAUGUGUAGUCCUUUUCUUUCUGGCCCAUAGCCUGUUCAAAAAACUGUUGGGAAAGAAACUAUUAAGAUGUCUGAAGCCCCUCAGUAAUUCUAGCUUGAAUCUCUGGCUAAAACGGUGUCUAGGAGCAGCUGCUUUGGUGGGCCUGAUAUUGUGGUUGGCUCUGGACACUUCCCAACGGCCGGAGCAGCUUGUGUCCUUUGCAGGCAUCUGCGUAUUCAUCAUCUUCCUCUUUGCCUGCUCUAAACAUCAUCUCUCAGUGUCCUGGAGGGCUGUAAUAUGGGGCCUUGGUAUGCAGUUUGUUCUUGGAAUCUUUGUUAUCAGAACUGAACCUGGAUUUGUGGCAUUCCAAUGGCUGGGAAACCAGGUCAAGAUUUUCCUGGACUACACUGUAGCUGGCUCCAGUUUUGUCUUUGGGGAGACGCUGGUGAAGGACGUCUUCGCCUUUCAGGUGUUACCCAUCAUCAUCUUCUUCAGCUGUGUGAUGUCUAUUUUCUAUUAUAUAGGUCUCAUGCAGUGGCUGAUCUUGAAGAUCUCCUGGUUGAUGCAGGUCACCAUGGGAACCACAGCCACAGAGACCCUAAGCGUGGCAGGAAAUAUUUUUGUGAGCCAAACAGAAGCUCCUCUGCUGAUCCGGCCAUACCUUGCAGAUAUGACACUCUCUGAAAUUCACGUCGUUAUGACAGGAGGCUACGCUACCAUUGCAGGCAGCUUGUUAGGAGCCUACAUUUCCUUUGGGAUUGAUCCUGCCUCUUUGAUUGCUGCCUCUGUGAUGGCUGCUCCCUGUGCUCUGGCCCUGUCCAAACUAGUCUACCCAGAAGUAGAAGAAUCCAAGUCUCGGAGUGAAGAGGGGGUGAAACUGUCCUAUGGGGAGGCUCAGAACCUUUUGGAAGCUGCCACUACUGGAGCCGCCAUCUCUGUGGGGGUCAUUGCAAACAUUGCUGCCAACCUGAUUGCCUUUUUGGCUGUGUUAGCCUUCAUCAAUGCUGCUCUCUCCUGGCUGGGAGAGAUGGUGGACAUCCAAGAACUCAGUUUCCAGCUCAUUUGCUCCUACAUCUUGCGUCCGGUGGCAUUCAUGCUGGGAGUGGAGUGGGCAGAUUGUCCCCUGGUAGCUGAAAUGCUGGGCAUCAAGCUAUUUCUGAAUGAAUUUGUGGCCUACCAGGAGCUGUCCAAAUAUAAGAACAAACGGCUAGAAGGAGUUGAAGAGUGGAUUGGGGGCAAGAAACAGUGGAUUUCGAUCAGAGCAGAAAUUAUCACAACAUUUGCUCUCUGUGGAUUUGCCAAUUUCAGCUCUAUUGGUAUCAUGCUUGGAGGUCUAACCUCAAUGGUUCCCCAGCGAAAGAGUGAGUUCUCCAAGAUUGUUAUGAGUGCUUUACUCACUGGUGCCUGUGUGUCCCUGGUCAAUGCCUGUGUGGCAGGAAUCCUUUAUGUGCCCAGAGAGGCAGAAAUCGACUGCUUCUCCUUCCUCAAUACGAGUUUCAUCAACAGCAGCUACAACACCUAUGUAUGCUGUAAGCAGGUCUUCCAAAGCAUGGAACUCAAUGGCACCAGUUCCCCAGCAUUCGUUGGUUCCAGGAUGGAAUUUGUCCCAGAGAUGUUGAUCAAUUGCUGCAAACUUUACAACCAUACUACCUGUGCAUAGCAU